CAAAAGGGGAAGGCCAAAAAGGAAAAAAAAGGAACAAAAAAUGAUAAAACAUCAGGAAAAAAAAGAGCUUCAAUAACUUCAACUUUUCCAUAAAAAGCCUUCAAGUCGAGCAACAAACAGCAAACCUACAGUCCCGAGAAUUUUCUUUCCUUCUUGUCUGUCUGAUUUUGCGGUUGGAUUAAUACCUCGCUUCAUUUUUUGCUGUCGCUGAUAGAGAAGUGCUGCUGUACCUUCGUCCCUUCGCCAUCCCUACAGACUCAUAAUAUACAGCCGUCGACAAUGAGGACAUCAACAAUAGCGGCCGUCUCGGCCGGCACCAUUAUUACAGGAUUGCUUGGUAAACUUUUCAGUUGUGCUAUUGAUGCUGUGUUUCAUGCGGAUUGUAUAGCAAAAGGAGGAUAUGUGCUGACCUCUGAAAUUUUCUGCUAGCCUAUGCCAUCUACUUUGACUACCGAAGACAGUCUGACCCCGAAUUCCGUCGUGCUUUGAAACGAGACAACCGUCGGAUGGCAAGGGCGGUGCGGCAGGAGAAUGAAGCUCAAGGAGCACAGCAGAUGGCGAAGAUCAGACAGGCAGUUGCCGAUGCAAAGGACGAGGGCUUCCCAGCUGACCUUGAGGAGAGAGAAGGCUUCUUUAUGAGCCAGGUUGCAAAGGGAGAGGGACUAUGCGCAGACAGCUCUUCGCAUGUUGAAGCCGCUGUGGCCUUCUACAAAGCACUCAAGGUCUAUCCUCAGCCCAAGGACCUCAUUGCUAUCUACGACAGAACCGUGCCAAAGGACGUCCUCGAAAUAUUAGCCGAGAUGGUCGCCAUGGAUCCCUCAUUGAAGCUAGGUGCUUUCACCAGUGACAGCGGCGCCGAGAGCGCCCACAGCGUCGAGUGAAGCUGUACAAGGGACGAAAAAAACAGACAUAACGAUGACGGAUAAAAGACCAUCUCCAUAGCCGCACUUCUCCGAAAUUCUCUCCAUCUAUUCUCUAUCACGCGCGCCCCCUUCUCACCUGUCCGUAUAUCCUAUUAGUAGCCGGAUUUGGAUUGAUGGUCACUGGCCUCGUCUACCAGCAACCAGCGUCUGGUAAUCCUUUCUUGUUGUGCUUCUUUUUGUGGUUUGGUCGGAUUGGGGCUGUUAACACUGUACUUUAACGAUACUUUCUCAUGCCUGAUAGGCUAUCAAAUGUAUUAUCUCCUUUCUCUUGCCUGGGUUCUGGUUCUAGUCAUAGUAGUCGAACCUAUACGUCGUACAGCCCCUUGGCCCGCAGACUCCUAUAAUAACUACCAGCGGCCACGACCCAUGGUCCAAGGGAAGCAUCCUGUGCUAUUAUCAUUAU